ACAAAGAGCUCAACUCUCUCACAAAGAGAAACACAACAGAGCGAGAUAUGGGAGUGAUGGAGAAGCUCAAGAUGUUCGUCGUACAAGAGCCUGUCGUCGCCGCUUCUUGUCUCAUUGCUGGCGUCGGACUCUUCCUUCCAGCUGUGGUGAGGCCAAUGUUAGAUUCCUUUGAAGCUUCUAAGCAAGUCCCUCAGCCUGCCUUAAGUGAUGUGGUUGCAGGUAUGACGGGUAAAAAAUAGAGCUGAUAUGAUUCAAGUGACCAUUAAAGAACACCUCUUUUCCUGUUAGCAAUGUAAUAAGCGUGACAAUCAUGUAUGGAGAUAAAUCUUGAAUCAUUUUCUACGUUUUUAGGCGUAUGAAUGGUUAUCAUUACCAUGUUAAUUCAUGGUGACAAUUAUCUAUUUUUUUAUGAACUGAAAUUUCUCUCCCCACCCUUGGUGAAUUUAGUUCUUGGUUUGAACUUUGAAUGGCUUGUAUACA